UUGAAAAAAAUUAUUACGAAUACGAAUAUUGCAGAACGGGAAGAGGGCGCAAUUGACGACGAACGCUCUUCUGAUCGUCGUCUCCCUUAUCAAAGGGUCUACGAACACUUGGGACGAUUCGAAGAAGCUGAAGCUGCUGGUGGAGCCGAAUUGUUCAUUGAGGAACAAUUGCGAUUGAUUCAACUGCGACUUGAGGCAAAUCGAUUUUUCGCCACCGCGCAAGCAGAAGCUCCAAGAGCUCGAUUUGAGGAAGAAGAAGAGGAGGAGGAAGAGAUUGAGAGUGUUGAGAAUUAUCGAGAAUUUGAUAUUCGAAACGUGGUGUUUGGUAGGAUUGGUGUUGGGAAUAAUAUGAGCAAUAAUAUUAAUCAGAUUUUACAAGGUUUGUGGUGGAAGAGAAAACCCAAUUUGGUUUUCUAGGCCUUUAAAUUUGGUUUUCUAGGCCCAGGUUUACUAGACCUUCAAAUUUGAUUUUCUAGGCCUGUAAAUUUGGUUUUCUAGGCCGUUUUGGUUUUCUAGGCCUUUAAAUCAUAGAUUUUUCGCCCUAACAAUAAAUUUGAUCAAAUUUAAUUCCCUUUGUCGUUUUUUCUCAACAAAAGGGCCCCAAAUCUAUCGAUUUUUGUUUUUUUUUGCCUGAAAAAUUGGCGGCCGGAAAUUUUUGUUUGUUUGAAGGUGUGGAAGAGAAAACCAAUUUGGUUUUCUAGGCCAGGUCAAUAAUUCAUCCCAUGACACAUUUCCUAUUUUCUAUUACUGAAAAAAUUCAGAUUGAGGCCUAAAUUGUCAGAAUUCUUCUUUUUCAAAUUAAAAAUCAGAAAUUUUAGCGAAUUUUGUUCAGAAACAGUUUUUCAAUCAUAAAAUUUUCGCCCUAACAAUAAAUUUGAUCAAAUUUAUUUUCCUUGGGCCCAAAAUCUAUCGAUUUUGGUUUUUUUUCCUGAAAAAUCGGAAAUUCUUUUUUGUUCUGUUCACAUACAUACAAAAACAAUACCUGUCCAUCAAUCAUAAGGUAACCAACCCUUAACAACAAAAAAAAAAUGCGAACUGAUAAGUUCUUCCCCCGCCAAAUUUUUUUUCUCAUUUAUUUUUUUGCCCACUUUUGAUAGAUAGGAAGAACAUAUAUGUAUGUGAUUCAUUUAUUUCUUUUUUCACAUGACGUGUAAACGAAAACUGAAAAUUGGUAAGGCUAUUGAUUUUAUGUUAGUUCAGAAGGCUUCAAAAGGCUUUAGAAGGCUUUAAAAGGCUCUAGAAGGCUUCAGAAGUCCUCAGAAGGUUUCAAGGGGCUUCAGAAGGCUUUAGAAGGCUUCAGAAGGCUUCAGAAGUCCUCAGAAGUCCUCAGAAGGUUUCAAGGGGCUUCAGAAGGCUUCCCAAGGCUUCCCAAGGCUUCCCAAGGCUUCAGAAGGCUUCCCAAGGCUUCCGGAUUCAAAAUCAAUUUUUUUUUCCAGGAAAUAGUCCAAACGGUGCACCUCCAGGUCUUCCAUCAGCUCCACCCGGUUUAUCACCACCACCAAACAUGCAACAACACCAACAACAACAACAGCAAGAUAGCUGUAGCAGUAGUUGUAGUGGAAAUGUUGGCGGACAACAACAACAGCAACAACCACAACCACAAGGAACGGCUUUACCACAAAAUCAACAUGGAAAAACGUUUGCAAGAGUUCAGGGAACUGCACCAGGUGAUUUUUUUUGCAUUUUUUAAAAAGUCAAGAUGAGUUAUGGCGUGGUGAAUCUUGAAAAUUUCGAAAAUCGGGAGAGGAAAACUAGCUGAUUUCUGAGCCAGAUUUAAAUGAAAAUCACCUUUUUAAGCUUUCCGGUUUUUCGAAAUGUUCAAGAUAUGCCACGUCAUAACUCAUCGUGAUCAGUGGGUCGGAAACUUUUCUAGAAUGGAAGUUGACGCAGAUCCUGCUAAAUAUCCAAGGUUUUCCCCUAUGGCCGAGCUUUUGCAUGGCCGAACUUUUGUUUUUCUCGGCCAUUUUGUGCUUUUUUUCACGGCCUUUUAAAAUGCUUUUUUUUCGCCAAAAAAACUUAUCAAAAUCAAAUUGAAGUCCUCCAAGAGAAAUACAAAAAAAAACAAUUUGCUGCCUUCGUUUCGAGACCAAGCGCGGGAAAAAUACGUUUUUCAAAUGUUCUUUUAAUUCGAAAAUUUUUCCCGCGCUUGAUUUUGAAACGACACGGCAUUUUGAAAUUUUAAAAUGCAAAUCGAGAGAUAUAGAGAGACGCAGAGAAAAAGACAGAAUUUGCAGUCUGACGUGAAAAAAUGUCACGCAAAAAUUGAUUUUCAAUUUGUAAAAAUGUCAUUUCUAAUUUAAAAAAAAAUAAUUUUGAAAUGAACAUUUUCAAUAUUUAAAAAGAAAAGAAACAUGUUUCCCUAUUAUCGAAAAUCUCCACGCGCUCCACCGAAAUAAACACGCAACGCAGACCGCGCCGCGCCACAACACACACAAAUAAGGGAACGAUUCAAAUUCCCUCCCUUAUUUGUGUGUGUUGUGGCGCGGCGCGGUCUGCGUUGCGUGUUUAUUUCGGUGGAGCGCGUGGAGUACCGAUGAGAUUUUCGAUAAUAACAAUUAUAUAUCUUUCCAGUAGUCUCAUGCACACCAUCAGCCGCAACACACAGUGUCGCCCCCCACAUCGCCUUGGUCGGACCAACCGGCGACGAUAGUAACGCCGAAGUGUUGUCGGUCUUCGAGUGUCCAGUAUGUCUCGAAUACAUGUUGCCACCCUAUAUGCAAUGUCAAUCGGGACAUUUGGUCUGCUCGAAUUGCCGACCAAAAUUGCAGUGUUGCCCGACGUGUCGAGGACCAACUCGUGAGUUUUUAUUUUGAAAUGUCAUCUGAAAAUGUCCAAUUUUCCAGCAUCGGUCAGAAAUUUGGGUCUCGAAAAGAUCGCCAACACCGUUCGCUUCCCGUGUAAAUUCUCGAAUUCCGGAUGUGCUCUCAACUUCCAUCACUACGAAAAAGUGGAGCACGAGGAACUAUGCGAGUACCGCCCGUAUUCCUGCCCGUGCCCCGGCGCUUCUUGCAAAUGGCAAGGCGGCCUGCCGGAUGUCAUGGAUCAUUUGAAGCGGGUUCACAAGAGUAUCACGACACUUCAAGGUGAAGAUAUUGUGUUCUUGGCGACUGACAUUAAUUUGCCGGGAGCGGUGGAUUGGGUGAUGAUGCAAAGUUGUUUUGAGUAUAAUUUUAUGCUGGUUUUGGAGAAGCAGGAGAAGUACGAUCCGUCGCAAGGUCAACAGAUGUUCUACGCGGUGGUUCAAUUGAUUGGAUCGAAAAAGGAGGCGGAUAAUUUUAUGUACAGAUUGGAGUUGUCGACGCAGAGACGGAGAAUGUGUUGGGAGGCGACACCGCGCUCGAUUCAUGAAGGUGUCGCGUAUGCGAUUCAACAAUCGGAUUGUUUGGCGUUUGAUACGAAUGCCGCGCAAUUGUUUUCGGGUUUGUUGCUUUUUUUGCAUUUGGUAGGGGGUCCUGUAUUUAAAAUAGCGGAAAAUCCCGAAAAUCUGAAAAAAUCUGGCUUCCUGUAGUGAAAUCACCGGGAAAAUCGAUAUUUUCAGCUAGUUGCACUCCUGGAAGCCUUCCUGAAGCUGAAAAAUCAUGAUUUUCAGCUUAUUUUGUUCCUGAAUCCCUUCCAGAAGGCUUCCUGAAGCUGAAAAAUCGAAAUUUUCAGCUAAUUUCUCUUCUGGAAGCCUUCUAGAAGGCUUUUGAGCUUCCAGAAGGCUUCCUGAGGUUGAAAAAUCAUGAUUUUCAGCUAGUUUCACUCCUGGAAGCAUUCUAGAAGGCUUUUAGGGGUUCAGAAGCCUUCCUGAAGCUGAAAAAUCGAUAUUUUCAGCUGAUUUUGUUCCCGAAAGACUUCUAGAAGGCUUUUAAGCUUCUAGAAAGCUUCCUGAAGCUGAAAAAUCGAUAUUUUCAGCUAGUUUCACUCCUGGAAGCCUUCUAGAAGGCUUUUAAGCUUCCAGAAGGCAUUCUGUAGUGAAAUCACCUGGAAAAUCGAUAUUUUCAGCUAGUUUCACUCCUGGAAGUCUUCUAGAAAGCUUUUAAGCUUCCAGAAGGAUUCCUGAAGCUGAAAAAUCGAUAUUUUUAGCUUAUUUUGUACUUUUAGGCUUCUAGAAGGCUUCCUGAAGCUUAAAAAUCGAUAUUUUCAGCUUAUUUUGUACUUUUAAGCUUCUAGAAGGCUUCCUGAAGCUUAAAAAUCGAUAUUUUCAGCUUAUUUUGUACUUUUAAGCUUCUAGAAGGCUUCCUGAAGCUUAAAAAUCGAUAUUUUCAGCUUAUUUUGUACUUUUAAGCUUCUAGAAGGCUUCCUGAAGCUGAAAAAUCGAUAUUUUCAGCUUAUUUUGUACCUGGAAGACUUCUAGAAAGAGAUUUUCAAGCCUGAUUUCAUAAGCCUAACCCUAGAUUUUAGCCUAAAUAACUUAACAGUUGAGCUCCUAAUUUUGCUAAAAAUUUGGAUUUUCCGCCAAGUUUUUGCGGAAUUCUCACAGUUUUGGCCAAUUUUUGUUCGACUUAUUUUCAGCUGGAAUUUGCCCAUUUACAGAUGUUUUCAGUUCCAAAAAUCAAAAUUCAAAAACAUUUUCGUUCAAAAUUUGAUCAGAAAUUGACCAGAAAUUUCUUUCUAGAAAUCACUGAUUGAAAAAUUUUCAAAAUAAAAAAAUCCGAGCUUCUCAAAAUUUUCCAAACAAAAAAUCCAAAUUCCAAUUUUUUGCAGAAAACGGAAAUCUCGGAAUCAACGUGACAAUCAGCCGAGUCGACGGAAAUGCUCGCGACGAAUGUCAACCGAAUCUUCUUCGCCCAACCAACACAAGUAUCACAUCAAGAAGAUAUCGACUUGAAGAUGAUGAAAUGGAAUGUGUUUAUGAAUAA